AUGUGUAUACUGGAUGGAAAACAAGUCCCUCUUCUUGGAAUACCAAGCGGCACCGUUGUGGGGGUUGGAAGCGUGCUUCCUCUUAGCCUGCUGCUUGCUUGGGUAGAUCAGCCUGGCCCAUCUCUUGUGUUCUUAAUCUGCUGUGAAAGUGGAGGUGGGAUGCUAGGAACAGGAAAUACAGUGGUGAUAAUGGUUGGCUAUCCAAAAGGAAUAGAGAUAUUGGAGCCAGUACGAAGAGGGAUUCCAGUAAAAAUGACUAUAGGUGUUGGCACACGACAUGUGCAGGAAUAUAUUAGUGGUCAGUCGGUUGUGUUUGUAGCCAUCGCCUUCAUCACCAUGAUGAUUAUAUCACUCGCUUGGCUCAUAUUUUACUAUAUACAACGUUUCCUAUAUACAGGAUCACAGUUUGGAAACCAGGGACAUAGGAAAGAAACCAAGAAAGCAAUCAGCCAGCUUCAGCUGCAUACUGUGAAACGUGGAGAAAAGGGUUUAGAUGUUGAUGUGGAAAACUGUGCUGUGUGCAUUGAGAACUAUAAACUGAAAGACACUGUCCGAAUUCUGCCUUGCAAGCACAUCUUCCAUAGAACAUGCAUUGAUCCUUGGCUUUUGGACCACCGAACUUGUCCAAUGUGCAAAUUAGAUGUUAUCAAAGCUCUGGGAUACUGGGGGGACCCUGAAGAUGUACUUGAAGUUCCGAUACCUGAAUCGAUAAGUGGCAGUGUUUCAGUUGGAAGUCUGAGUAUUGCUUUACAAGAUGAUGACAGAAAUGAAGUAAGCGAAUUGUCAGCUUCCUCCACUAAUGAAUCUGUAUUGCAGUGCACCAGUUUAAAAGAGGAUGCAGGUGAAACUACAGCAUUACUUGAUGUGGAUGUCAGUAAUAACCGGCAUGGAGAACAUCUAUCUAAUGGAAAUUCCCACUGAACUGCUUUGUGGAAGAAACCUUGAAUAGACUGUUGAAGAACUAUUAUUUUUUAUUUUAAUAGUAUGGACUUUUGUCUAGUUAAUGGAAAAAAUAACAAUGUAAAUUAUUUUACCUUUCAAACUUUUCUAGCUGGUGUUCCAAAAGGGCUAAUAACUAAGAAUUUUGUACGUAGGAGGAUUUUAUAAAAUCUCCUCUGGAUGUCUCAUCCUAAAAAGAGAUGCAAUAACCCUUUUUCUGUAAGCAUUGUUACAAUGUCAUUGUGUUCCAGAGGGCUGAAACAAAGAUGAAGACUAGGCAGUGAAAACAAUAUAGAACGUUUAACUGGUAAAUAUUUUGGAUGCACUAUUUACAUUCAGUCUGUACACGUGGAGAACACUUACAAGACUACAACCAUUAAAAUGUUCUGAAAGUUCUGAUCUGUUGUAAUCGGAGAUGAAUAUUCUUAGAAAAGACAUAAUACGACCUUGAAGGAAUCAAAUAACUUCAUGGAUAUGUUGCAUAUCC